AAAAGAAGAACUUGAUUUAGCAACAACAUUAUUUUGUAAUAUCUUUUAUUUUUUGUGGAUAAACAAGCCCUUGAAAGUACUUUUUCCACUUCAGUUUUGAAGCUUGAGCCCACACUAGCAAGGGCUAGCUGUCUCCAGGAUAGUCAUAUCCAAGAUGGCGGCCACAAGAGGUGUAAUGCUGUCGCUCUUUACUCGAUAUUCUUCUAAAAUGUAUCACCGAGCUAUGUUUUCAUGGAACAUGACAUCAUAUUCAAGAUAUUUUAGUAAAAUGGAGUCAGGAACAGCUCUAAAUAACCUCAAAACAAAACACCUAGCUGCGUCCCCUUCUAUCAUCAAGAGAGGAAUCACAAGUAACAAUGGGAAGACAAACACCUUUAUGACUGACCUGAAAAAAAGUCCACCUCCUGCUCUUUGGCUUGGCCUAGCCGGAGCAAUCCCAUUCACAAGUCUUGCUGGUCUAUCACUGAUCACACCAAGUUACCUGGACACUAUCAUUCAUGCCCAGUGUGCAUAUGGCGCAUGUAUACUUACAUUUCUCGGAGCAAUACACUGGGGAUAUGCCUUAGUCCAAGACAGUGAGCUAAAGCUUGAUUGGGUGACUCUAGGGUACAGUGUUACUCCAUCAUUAAUUGCGUGGUCUUCAUUGCUGAUGAAGUCAGAACAUGGGUUGAUAACUGUGUUUAUUGGGUUACUGUUUGCACUCAGUAAGGACCUUGCUACUCUUCCCUUCCCUUCAUGGUACCAUGCAAUGAGAAAGAUGCUGACAGCUCUGGCAUCAUCAUCUGUUCUUGUUACUGCUCUAGCAUUUUAUAUGCAUUAGUAAUUUAGUGAAACAUUUGCAAAAUAAGAACUAGAGGAUUCUGUUUUGUUUGAUGUUCUUUACACACAGUAUGAUAGCAUAAUACAGUAGAUCUUGUUUAUUUUGCACUUACAUAAAAUAGUUGCCAAGAACAAUGAAAACAAUUAAACAGUACUUACAUUAUCGCUUAUUCUGGGUGUAACAGCCAUAUUAUGGUAAGUUUGCUGUUACACCCAGAAUGAGCCAUAAUGUAAGUACUCAAACAAAUUGCAAUCCCUCGCAAGCAUAUGAAAUCCCUCAGGUAUCCCAGUCAACCCUGCGCGCAGGGUCUAGUUUGUAAAGGAAUGGGUACAGGAUGAGUAGUCUUAGAACCACCAAAUCCUGGGUACAUACCCAUCACCUGUGAUCAGUAAUAGUAGAGGUGUCUUAUUCAGUUAUUAUUAAGCCAACUCAUGUCAGCAAAAGUACAAGGAAAAAUUCAGGCCACCAUUUCUCUUUCAUUAAAAACCGUGAUGGAGAAAAAGACAUUUUACCCACCAUAAAGGGGGCUCUAAAAAACAAGUCCUCUCCCCUCUUAGAGGGGAGCAUUUUAUUUCUAAUUAAAUUCUGGGAAUCUCGAAAGAAAUUUCUAUUUACACUGAAGGGGGGCUCAAACCCUUCCCUCCCCCCUCAGGGUAUUUAAUUAAUGAACACUGCCUUAGUAUUCAAUAUGAUAAGAAUAUUUAUACAAUGAAACUCUUGUCCAUGAAUUAUUAGAGGGCUCUGGAAAAAAAAGGGCCUCUACCCUAUAAGAGGGGGGGAUUUUCUUAAGAGUUCUACUGACAUCCUGGGAGUUGUAAAGGGAUUUUUAUUUGCACUAAAGGGGGGUUCAAAAUAUUUCUUCCCCAUUCAUGUUUUUUUUUUUUUUGUUUGAUUUUAUUUUUGUGGGGAGGGGGGUUUGGGUGGGCUAUUCUUGUUUGUUGAGAUAAGAUACCUUUGUCUUUGGUAACUGUGUGUGCGAGAAACGUGCAUAAAAACAACAACAACUAUUCAUGAAGUGCAGAUAUCUUAGAAUGUGAGAGUAAACUUAGAAAUUACUUCUCAUGAAUAUUGAAUAUUUUAUUAUUAUGGAAAAUCGAGUAAUAAAAUCACACAAAUGAUGCCA